AGACAAUCCACCCCAGAUCUCACAAAAAGAAGCCCAUGUCGGUGAAUCCGUUUAGCGCAGCGUCGAGAUGCCCCCAGGCUUAUCUCGACAUUGAAGACGAAGACGAGGAGGAGGAUCUUGUCAUUCAGCAGCUCCUAUAUCCUGAUCCUCAUGCUGUCGCCCAGCGACGCGGAGGGUCACGCCCCGGCAAACGUGCCACAAGAAACGAGACUUUCAGACGCGUUACCAGCGCUUUGUAGAGCAGUAUUUUGCGCCGAUUCCAGUAUAUGAUGAUGAUGACUUUAGAAUGCGAAAUCGCAUGAGCAAGACUAUGUUUUAUCGCGUUUUGAACGGUGUACUUGAUGCAGAUUCCGCGUAUUUUGAGCAGCGACCGAAUGCAGCAAAGAAAAUGGGCAUUUACCCUCUUAUGAAGGUGACAUCUGCUUUAAGGGUUCUAGCUUGCGCAAUGUCCGCUGAUUCUAUAGACGAGAAUCUGGAGAUGUCCAAGACGGUUAUCUACAGUAACGUAUGUCAUUUUGUGGAUGCCGUGGACAAGCAGUUUGGUGACGAGUAUCUACGAUCUCCUACGGAAUCAGAUAUGAAGCGGCUACUCGAAUUAAAUGCGCGGCGUGGAUUUGUCGGAAUGUGGUGCAGCAUCGACUGCAUGCACUUGGAGUGGCAAAACUGCCCGACCGGUUGGGCUGGGCAGUUUAAAGGCAAGGAGAAAAAAAAACUACGGUUGUUCUGGAGGCGUGCGCAGAUGAAGAGCUUUGGAUUUGGCACGCUAGCUUUGGCUGGCCUGGAGCGCUAA